AUGGAAGACCCAUCGGAAAACCCACCAGAAAAUCCAAACCAGCUUAUUUCUAUGGAACAUAUGCAACAACUGUUUCAAAUGUUCCAAACACUCAACAAAAGCUCAACCAACAUCGAACCAGUGACUUCACAAACAGUGCGAGUCGCGGAAAAAUUGAACUUCACCAACUACACCAAAUGGUGUAAACUGAUGCAGAUAGCAAUUGGUGGUCGGGGAAGACUCAAUCACAUCAUCGUCAAUCCCAUUUCACCAGACGAUCCAGAAUACCAGCAAUGGGCUCAAAAAGAUUCGAUGGUCAUUUCAUGGAUCAUCGAGAAUAUUGACGGAGACCUCGUGAAUCAAUUCUUGGACUACAAAACUGCCCGAGAUUUAUGGAAAGGCAUCGAAACUCUACUCAGUAGCGGCAGAGAUGAACUGCAGAUCUAUGAUCUGAACACAAAGGCAACAUCUAUGAAACAAGGGAUAGACACGAUAGAGGUCUAUUUCAGUAAAUUGAAUACCCUAUGGAAAGAAAUCGAUAGACGAAUGCCGAACCCAAUGAAAUGCGCAGAAGACAUCACACUGUUCAACUCAUUUAUACAACGACAAAGGCUGUACCAGUUUUUGGCCGGUGUAAAUGAUUCACUUGACAAAGAAAAGCGAGACAUCCUAAAUCUAGAUCCCCUUCCAACCAUUGAUGCCGCAUAUGCCACCAUCAGACGAGAAAUUGCUCGUCGUGGCAUAAUGACCGGCAACUCAUCACUGGAACGAGGUCCCUCAGAGAUCGGAAGUGGUCUUGUCACUCAACGCCGGUCAGAUUCUUCAUUUAGCCGGUCAGAUUCAUCAUUCCGGCGAGAGGACAAAACUCACCUCAAAUGCAGCCACUGCGGAGGAACCAAACACACCAAGGAAGGAUGCUUUAAGCUCAUCGGCUACCCAGAAUGGUGGGAAGAUCUGAGACAGCGUAAAGCCGCCACCAAGGUAACAAAGACCGGCGGCAAGGCUAACGCCGCCAUCGGAGAAGGAGAACCGACCAGCGAGGCUUCGUCAACCACUGUCACCAACAGGCGAGCGGGUACCGGCGAGGCUUCGUCGACCAGCGUUACCGACAGGAGAACAGGUAUGAGUGGCAAAGAUGGGUUCACCAAAAUUUCCGGUGAACCAUGGAUGGAGACAGAGGAAGCGACGGGAAGGAGAAGAGAGAAAAUUCUAGAGGAGCCGUCCUCUAGAAAUGAAAGUGAGGGAAAACAAGAGGCCCUAAAAAAAUCUGACCCUUUAGCCCUUGAGCCCAAAAAAUCAGAAGCCCAAUUAUAUAAAAAACCCAAGGAAAAACAAAGUGUGGGUCUCAUGUGCAAUAAGUCCAAUUGGAUUUUUGACUGUGGGGCCACGGACACUAUGUCAUACGAUCCAACCGAUUUUCUCUCCUCCACAUCAACUACCCGUACUAAGAUUCAAACUGCAAAUGGGGAGUUUAUUCCAAUUACUCAAGCCGGAGAUGUGGAUAUUACAUCAGAAAUCCAUUUAAAAAAUUGUCUUUUAAUUCCAAGUCUUACCCACAAACUUUUAUCUGUCAGUCAAUUAACCAAGGAACUAAACUGUACAAUUCUAAUGACUUCCUCUGAUUGUAUUGUACAGGAUGCUCAGACGGGGCGGAUCAUUGGUCGUGGUAUUGAAAGAGGAGGUCUAUACUAUGUGAACGAGGUGACUCAACAGGGUAACGCUUUGCUUGCUCAAGGGUCGCCGGAAUAUCAGAUCUGGAUGUGGCACCGACGGCUAGGUCAUCCGUCUUUAAGUUAUCUUAAACGAUUAUUUCCCUCUUUUAAGGACAUUGAUUUUGUUUUGGACUGUGAAGCAUGUGUACUUGCAAAAAGUCAUAAACAUUCUUAUUCUCCCAGUUCAACUCAUGUUUCUAAGCCAUUUACCCUAAUUCAUUCUGAUGUCUGGGGUCCUGCACCUGAAUUUGCCUUUUAUAAAUAUUCCUAUUUUGUUUUGUUUGUGGAUGAUUGCACCCGUAUGAGUUGGGUUUAUUUUCUAAAAAAUAAAUCUGAAGUAUAUGAUGUGUUUAUAAAUUUCUACAACAUGAUCUGUACCCAAUUUGCUGCCCAACCUCAAAUUCUUCGAUCUGAUAACGGAGGAGAAUACAUAAACUUAGAUAUGAAACAGUUCAUUUCUGAUCAUGGCCUCAUUCACCAGACUACCUGUCCGGACACUCCUCAACAAAACGGGAUAGCUGAACGGAAAAACCGAACCCUUCUUGAGAUUACUAGAGCCAUUAUGUUAGAAUCCCAUGUCCCUGUCCAUUUUUGGCCAGAGGCCAUUGCCACAGCCACAUAUCUAACCAACCGACUACCUACCAAACCUCUUGCAUACCAAACUCCUCUUGACACUCUUUCUUCCCAUGUGUCCAUCCCUUCCUAUCAUUCUCUACCUCCACGGGUGUUCGGAUGUGUUGUCUAUGUUCAUCUCCCAAAAAGAAUCAGAAAUAAACUUGAACCACGAGCCAUCAAAUGUGUUUUUAUUGGGUAUGGGGUUACUCAAAAAGGGUACCGAUGCUAUGAUCCCAUUCAAAACAAAAUCUACACCAGCCUUGACUGCGAGUUUUUUGAACACUCCUAUUACUAUACCCAGCCUGGUCCUCAGGGGGAGACUACGAAUGAUGACCUUAGCUGGUUAAUAUAUCCAGAAAUGAUGGACCUUGAUCCUCCAACGCAAGUAAGCAAUACCACCGACGUCAACUCUGAAACAUCUGUAUCAGCUCCCUCUCCUCAAACCACUCCAAUGACAACCACUGAGCACCCUGAGUCAACAUCAGUUGAGGUAAAUUCUGAAUUGUGUACUGUUCCUACUGACUCUGUGUCUAGUGAUAAUUGUCAAAACAGAUAUGAGCUUCCUCACAGAAGCACGAGAGGUGUUCCUCCCAAAAGGUAUGACCCGGAAUAUGAAGAUCAACGGUCCAGAUACCCCAUAGAAAGAAUCAGCAAUGAAAACUUGUCCAACACAGCUGUUGCCUUCACUACCUCCCUGUACUCAACAAACAUUCCCAGAACCGUGGAAGAAGCUUUUGAAGAUGAGAAGUGGAGACAAGCCAUGGAAAAUGAAUAUGUUGCCUUGGAAAAGAAUCACACAUGGGAAAAAUGUAUUCUACCCAAAGGGAAGAAGAAGGUAGGGUGUAGAUGGGUAUUCUCCAUUAAGCACCGGGCAGAUGGAACCAUUGAAAGGUACAAGGCAAGAUUGGUGGCCAAGGGUUACACUCAGACCUUUGGGAUCGACUAUUCAGAGACUUUUUCCCCAGUAGCCAAGAUAGACACAAUACGGGUAUUGUUCUCUGUAGCAGCAAACAAAGAUUGGCCCUUGUAUCAGUUCGAUGUUAAAAAUGCCUUCCUCCAUGGAAGCAUUGAAGAAGAAGUCUAUAUGGAACCCCCUCCAGGAUAUUCUCAUGACUUUAAAGAUGGAGAAGGAUGUAAAUUGAAGAAAGCCCUGUAUGGCUUAAAGCAGUCUCCAAGAGCUUGGUUUGGAAGGUUCACUAAGGCUAUGAAGAAAUUUGGGUACAGACAGAGUAAUUCUGAUCAUACUUUAUUCAUAAAAGGGGCAAAUCAGAAAAUCACCUGUCUAAUUAUAUAUGUAGAUGAUAUGAUCAUCACCGGAAAUGAUGAAGAAGAAAUUGUUACCUUAAAGGGGAAGUUGUUUCAGGAAUUUGAGAUGAAAGAUCUAGGAAACUUAAAGUACUUUCUUGGUAUAGAAGUCUUAAGAUCCACGCAAGGGAUCUUUAUUCACCAACGAAAGUAUAUUCUUGAUCUUUUAACUGAAACAGGAAUGUUAGGGAGUAAACCGGCUGACACUCCAAUUAUAGCAAAUCAUGGUCUUCAGGUCAUAGAAGGGGCAAAGGCAACUGACAAAGAACAAUAUCAGAAGAUUGUUGGGAAACUCAUUUAUCUAGCCCACACAAGACCAGAUAUUGCAUAUGCAGUGGGGAUAGUGAGUAGAUUCAUGCAUCUACCCCAAAUACAUCACAUGACAGCAGUAAUGAGGAUUCUGAGAUAUCUAAAGGGUACAAGCAGCACCGGGAUCUACUUCGGGAAAAAUGAUAGCCUCGAUAUAACUGCCUACACCGAUGCAGAUUGGGCCGGAGACCGAGAUGAAAGGAAAUCCACUUCUGGAUACUUCACCUUGGUAGGAGGGAAUCUGGUCACUUGGAGAAGCAAGAAGCAAAAGGUUGUAGCCCUGUCAAGUGCGGAAGCUGAAUUCAGAGGAAUUGUGAAAGGAAUAACUGAAAUCCUAUGGAUUAGGAAACUGCUAAAUGAACUCGGUUUUCCUCAGAAAACAGCCUGCAAGUUAUUUUGCGACAACAAAGCAGCAAUAAGUAUUUCUGGAAAUCCUGUCCAACAUGACAGAACAAAACAUGUUGAGGUUGAUCGACACUUCAUCAAAGACAAGUUAGAAGACAAGGUUAUCAAACUUCCAUUUGUUCGAUCAAAAGAUCAACUGGCAGACAUCCUAACCAAGGCUGUUAGUACUGAAGCUUUCAGCAAUGUCUUGCGCAAGUUGAGCAUUGGAAAUCCGAGUGCACAACUUGAGGGGGAGUUUUUGAGGAGGAUGGAUUCAAACAAUGUUGACAACAAUAGUCAAGAAAUGUCUAAUUUUAGCUCAUGUUUGGGAAGAGUUGAUAGGAGUUGGUCAGGGAACAUGGCACCUAACUCUGGCUAUGAGAAUGUGAUGACUCGAACGUCGAACAAAGGCGCUCACCGCCUUCAUAACAGCUAUGGUGGUCCGAUGGAGUUUCCCAGUGUCACGCCGAGGCUGCAACGAUGCUCCGGGAUGAGAAGAGAUUGGAGUUUUGAGGAACUAUGCAGGCAGAUGAAUGAGGGUUGA